AUGGCCGCUCCCCAAGCUACUCUCGGUGCCGACAUCGAGCCUCCCGCUACCGAUCUCAUUACCCUCACCAGGCAUAUCUUGUCCCAGCAGCGCGCUCUGGGCGUUGACGCCUCUGGCGACCUGACCAUGCUUCUUAUUGCUAUCCAGGUCACCUCAAAAUACAUUGCUACCAACGUCCGUAAAGCCCGUUUGAUCAACCUCGUUGGUCUUGCCGGUGCCGAGAACGUCCAAGGCGAGGACCAGAAGAAGCUCGAUGUGCUGUCCAACGACAUUAUGGUCAACGCUCUGAGGGCUUCUGGAAAGUGCAGUGUGAUGGUCAGUGAGGAGGUUGAGGAGGCUAUCAUUGUCGGUGGCUCCAAGGGUACUUACUGUGUCGUGUUUGACCCCCUUGACGGUUCAAGUAACAUUGACGCCGGUGUCAAUGUCGGUACCAUCUUUGGUAUCUACAAGGUCCAAGAUGGUGCUAAGCCUUCAGUCAAGGACGUCCUCCGCCCCGGUAAGGAGAUGGUCGCUGCCGGUUACACCAUGUACGGUUCCUCCUGUAACCUCGUCCUCUCCGCCGGCCAAGGUGUCGACGGCUUCACCCUCGACGAAGGUCUCGGAGAGUUCAUCCUCACCCACCCUUCGAUCCAAAUCCCCAACCGCGGCAAGAUCUACUCUUUCAACGAGGGUAACGCCCAGCACUUUUAUCCUCCCACCAACGACUAUUUGAACUCUAUCAAGUUCCCUGAGAACAACAAGCCUUAUAGUGCUAGGUACAUUGGUUCGAUGGUGGCCGAUGUGCACAGGACUUUGCUGUAUGGUGGUAUCUUUGGUUACCCCGAUGACAAGAAGAGCAAGGAUGGUAAGCUGCGUAUGCUCUACGAGGCCUUCCCCAUGUCCUUCCUUGCCGAACAAGCCGGUGGUGUCGCUACCACCGGUAAGGAACGUAUCCUCGAUGUCGUCCCCACCUCCAUCCACGGCCGAUGCCCCGUCUUCCUUGGUUCCAAGGACGACGUUGAAGACUUGAAAAAGUUUUACGUCGGCUACGAGAACUCCGAGAGGAACUGGUAA